ACAACAAUGUUUUUAAUACUAAAAUAAGUAUAAAUUACUAGCCAAUUUAAUAUUGCUCAGAAUUAUAUUUUUAUAAGAUAAUUUUAUUUAUCUUCAUGAAUGUAUUUUUAUUCGAAUUCAGCAUUCUCCAGAUGCACUACUGUACUCCAAAACGAUACAAAGUAAAAACUUAUUUCUAUGCGAUAGUUUCGCGACCAGAGUAUAACGGAAUGGGGACUCUAUAUGAGAAACUGACAUAUGCUUUAUCAUCAAACUAUUAGAUCAAUGACACGUAUUACAGCUAGGUUUUUACGAAAUACAAUUUAUACAGCCAUUUCCUGUCAUGUGUAAGAGUUGCAAAUGCGCAAGGCCACAGGAACAUUCAGCGCUGGGGUGCAUAGCGAAAUGUGUUUUGAUCAAUAAUAAAUAAAAGUAUGAGCUGCGUGCUCGUGCACACACUCGAUGACGCCGUAACCCUUAACACGCAAGAAUGGCAUCAUGCGAAAAAUGGAACAAAGAGAUGUCUCGUGAAUUUUCUCUCUAUAAACGACUAAUGUGGCCACUUGGCUCGUGGCCUUUAGAUCGUAGCAGAAACUUUGCGAAUUUGCGCGCGCUGUUUCUUACACUCACGCAGGCUAUUAUGGUAAUUUAUAUAAGCGUGGACAUCAUUAACAGCAAGGAUUUUACUCUGGGUGUGAUUAUCGAUCAUUUCGUAAUGGGAUCGUGCGCAAGUUUGGCCAUUGUAAAGUCCACGCUGAUACGGUUACAUCGUGACAAUCUGUCGAAAAAUUUCGGCAAUGCAGCGAGUGACUGGACGUAUAUUAAAAAACAAGAUCUCAGACAAGUUAUGUUUCGCUACACCAAUCUGGCCAGAUUUGUCUUGUUCUCUCAAAUGGGUUUCUCGUAUUUUGUUACUGUAUUAUUGCUAAUUAGACCGCUUCUGUUUCCUAUGCCGUUGCCACCUUCACAGAAUGUUACACUAACUAUGACAUCCGAAAAAGAGAUACGAAAUAUCGAGCUGCCUUACAUAAUGAUUUGUCCGUUUGACACGCAGAUCGCUUGCUACAGUCUAUAUAUUUUUCAAAUGGUUCAAGUGAUUAGCACAGCCACGGGAAAUGUUGGCAGCGAUGUUUUUCUUUUCAGCGUGUGCAUGCAUCUCUGUGGACAACUAGAAGUGCUCGGCCUAGAGUUAUUACGGUUUCACGAGGGGAAGGAAAACGGUUAUUGGAAAAGAACUAAAAUGAUCACACUGAUUGAGAGGCAUUGUUUACUUCUUAAUCUAGCCAAAGAUAUUGUUGAUAUGCUUAAUAUGAUUAUGGUCGCUCAACUAAUUCUUCAUGCUUUGCUUGUAUGUAUAGUAGGAUUACAAAUCAUUUUGUCGUUGGCAGAUCAUGACUUUUUUCAUUGCAUGAGUGGUUUAACUACUUUUAAUAUAUUUAUGAUACAGUUGUUCUUGUAUUGUUACAUGGGAGAAACUUUGUCAUCAAAUACGCAAGCGAUUACUCGCUCGAUUUAUUUCAGUAAAUGGUAUGAUUUGCCUACAAAUGUUGCGCGAGAUAUACGUUUUAUAACAGCUCGUUCUAAUGUGCCCGUUCGCAUAAGAGCGGGUAAAUUCUAUACUAUAGAUUUUAAUAGUUUCACGAAUGUUCUGAAAGUUUCAGUUUCUUAUUUUUCUGUCUUAAAAAUUAUAGUUACUUAAUAAAUAUAUUUCUUAAAAAUAUAAAU